UACAAGAUUGAAUACUCGCAGCUGGGAAGUCGGCAGCUUCAGAUAUCUGUGUGGCAUGCAGGAGCGCUCAAACACAGGGUGUUUUUGGGGGAAGUGGUGAUCCCACUGGCAGCAUGGAAUUUUGAGGAUAACUCGAUGCAGUUGUUCAACUGGUACCAGCUCAGACCCAAGCUGGAAAAGCCUGAAGAUGAUCUUAUCCAGUACAGUGGUGAACUUCUCGUGUCUGCAAGGCUGUCAGUACCAGCCCAGUAUACAAAUUUCCAGUCUGAAGGAAAAAAAGGCCAAGGAGUUCCUAACUGCCAGCUUCAGGUUAUGAUAUUUGGGGGCAAGAACUUGCCCAUGCUGAGAUCUGCUGGAACGCUGAACUCACUUGUUAAAGGUUGUCUUAUCCUUCCAGACCAAGAGGUAAGGCGAAAGUCUCCAGUCCUGAAGAAAGAAGCCUGUCCCCAGUGGAAACAUUUGUUUGUCUUUGACGAUGUUAGCCCAGCUCAGCUACAGCAAUCAUGCCUACACUUGACUGUCUGGGACCAGUCAGCUUGCAGCUCAAAUGAUCAGUUCCUAGGAGGGGCCAAGCUUGGUGCAAAGGAAUCCUUUGGCUCUACAGCCCCUGUUCCUCAGUCAGUGCUCCAAUGGCAGGAAGUGCUCCACAGCCCAAACAUGUGGAUGGACUUCACACUUGUGCUGCAUUCAAAUAAGGAAAACUUCAAAUCAUGA